AACAAAUGGGCUCGUCUUGUAUCAGGGGGUAAAUUAGUUUUUAAAACCCUUGUUUCGUCCCUUAACUCUCUCUUCUUCAGCCGUUCUCUCUGCUUUUUCGCUCUCUAUCUCUCUACAUAUACAUACAUAUAAUAUAUACAAUCAUAAGGUUAGUGUUUGAUAUUGAAUGCAAGUGAGUGAAUUGAGUUUGGUGAAUCUUGAAUUGGAAUUGAAUAAGAAUCGGUGAGCUAGGGUUUAAUAAUCGUCGGAGAUGGUCGCCGGGUCAAGAACAGAGGGCGGAGCGCAAAUACUGUCUGCUGGAGUGAGGAAAACGAUACAGUCGAUCAAAGAGAUUGUGGGGAAUCACUCUGAUGCUGAAAUUUACUCUACCCUCAAAGAAACCAAUAUGAAUCCUAAUGAAACUGCUCAGAAAUUGUUGAAUCAAGAUCCAUUUCACGAGGUGAAAAGAAAAAGAGACAAAAGGAAAGAGGUUACAGCGAACAUCGUCCACACUGCAUCACAACCAAACAAGCUUAGUGAACCUAUAAAUCAAGGGACCUUAUACAAUGUACAUUCUGAUCGCGACAUCCACAGAGGAGGAUCCAUCCAUAAUUCUGUGAAUCAAGGGAUCCUAUACAAUGCACAUUCUGAUCGCAACAUUCGUAGAGGAGGAGCUAAUCGAAAUUCUUUGCCUGAUGCAAAAGUAAUCAGAGAGUUUCGUGUUGUGAAGGACAACAGAACUUGUCAUAACCCUAAAAGCGAGAUAAGACCUCCAGUGCAAGACUCUCCUGAUAAGAGCAGCUCGAUUAUGACUUCCCAUGAGCAGAACCAGCCGGCGGAGCGUCAUUCAUCUAAAUCCUCAAAUGGGAAUACUGAUUCACAGCCCAGGCACCCCAGGGAAAUUAAGUCGAAUGAUAAGAAAGAACCAUCAGAGAAUAGGCGAGUUUCAGUUCCAAAGGAUAACCAACCAAUUGGAACAAAGAAGGCAAAUGAUCCCGAACCAAAUUCUGCAACUUCACCAAAGAACUCUGUGACGGGGUUGUAUUCGUCGUCUUCUGAUCCUGUUCAUGUGCCAUCACCUGAUUCCAGACCUGCAGCCAACAUUGGAGCUAUUAAGCGUGAGGUUGGGGCAGUUGGUGUGCGCCGUCUUACCGAUAUUUCUGCCAAGGCUUCAUCAACAGAAAGCCCUUCUUCCAAUCAACAUUUGGGACGUGAUGGUCGUUCUUCUGCUGCCAUAUCGAAAAGCGGCCAAUCUCCUCAAACUUCAGUUAAUGUUGCGGCCGUGAGGAGUAUUUCAGUCUCUAGACCCUCAGUGAAUAAUCAGCACGUUAACAGGCAGCAUCAAUCAUUGGGUCACCAAAAAGCUUCUUCCCAGUCCAACAAAGAGUGGAAACCAAAAUCUAGCAAAACGCAAAGUGCUGGUCCUGGAGUUAUUGGAACGCCUGCAAAAUCUGCUUCUCCUCCUGAGAAUGCAUCUAAGAGUUCGGAAGUAGAGGCAACUCAGUUGCAGGAUAAACUGUCACGAGUAAACAUUUCUGAGAACCAGAAUGUGAUUAUAGCUCCACAUAUACGACUCUCCACAACCGACAGGUAUCGAGUUACAUUUGGCAGCAUGGGGACAGAAUUUGAGCCUUUUAUGAAAACUGGGUCAGAAGCUAUCCAGGAUGCUGCGAAACCAAACGUUAUUCCUGCUGCAAGUGUACCAAUUGCUACUCCUGAGUCUUCUGGUAAUGAAUCUUCUAAGAGUAAGCAGUUAGAGUUGUUAGACGAACGUGUUCGCAUAUCUGGUUCAAGCUCACCUGCAUCCGCUUCGGUAUCUGAACAACAGUUGACUGAGACGAAGGAAACUUCGAGUCCUCAGGAUUUGGACAAUUAUGCAGACAUUGGAUUGGUCCGUGAGAAUAGUCCAUCCUACACUCCAUCCGAGUUACAACAGCACCAAGACCAUCCUCCUUCCCAAUUCCCAAUAUUUUCUGCGUAUGAUCCGCAAACUGUGUAUGAUAUUCCAUAUUUUAGAUCAACAGCUGAUGAAACUGCAAGGGUGCAAAGUCUUCAGUUUGCUCCAGAGGCCAUGAGCUCACAUGCAGUAAAUAGCAUCUCCUCAUCGGUAGCCAUGGUGCAACCACAAUUAGCACAGAUGUACCCGCAAGUUCACGUUUCUCAUUAUCCCAAUCUUAUGCCAUAUCGUCAGUUCAUUUCCCCAGUAUAUGUUCCACCAAUGGCUAUGCCAGCAGCAGGUUAUUCUAGUAACCCUGCAUAUCCUCAUCCAUCAAAUGGAAGCAGUUACUUGAUGAUGCCUGGAGGCAGCUCCCAUUUAUCUCAAAACGGUCUCAAGUAUGGAAUCCAGCAGUUUAAGCCAGUUCCCACUGGCAGUCAGACUGGGUUUGGAAACUUCACCAGUCCAAAUGGUUACGCUAUUAAUGCUCCUGGUGUUGGUAGUGCAACAGGACUUGAGGACUCAUCUAGGCUGAAGUUCAAAGACGGGAAUUUAUAUGUUCCAAAUCCACAGGCCGAGACUUCUGAAAUAUGGAUGAGUCCAAGGGACCUACCUAGUAUGCAAUCAGGUUCAUACUACAAUAUGACAGGACAAACACCUCAUGCCACAUAUCUGCCGUCACAUAACAGCCAUGCCCCAUUCAACGCAGCAGCACAAUCUUCUCACAUGCAAUUCCCAGGCAUGUACCACACUCCACAACCUGCUGGAAUCCCCAGUCCGCAUCAUUUAAGUCCUGCUAUGGGUGGUAAUGUUGGUGUUGGGGUGGCUGCAGGAGGGCCAGCAACCCAAGUUAACGCCUAUCAGCAACCUCAUCUGGGCCACAUGAAUUGGACAGGGAACUUCUAAAGUUCUUUCUAUGCGGAAUUUUCCUUUUUUGUAUGGGAUUGAGCUUAAUGUCUAUAGAAGUCCCCGCCCCUCCCCUCCCCCUUUAUUGUCAGGACAAAACUCUUACCAAAUCAACAAAUUAAUGCAUCUAGUUGUGUUGAAAUCUUUCUGUUACCCUUUUGGCUUUUCAGGCCUUUCUAUCAAGAAUACAGGGCAGUGACGUUCAUAUUA